CAGAGAGCAAAGUGUCACGUUUCCCCUGGGGUGUGUGCGUGUCCCUGCCAAAACCGGUUAUGGCCGACCAGCUGCCUCCACAGCAAGUAGACCCGCUGCUGAACAAGUUGCACCAGGGGAGCCUCCCCAACGGGAAAGAGGCCACCAAAGACGGUCUGCAUGCUCGAGGACAGUGGGCCAGCAAGGCGGAGUUCCUCCUGGCCGUGGCGGGGCAGAUCAUCGGCCUGGGCAACGUCUGGAGGUUUCCCUACCUCUGCUACAAGAAUGGAGGAGGUGUGUUCUUUGUACCCUACCUGUUGUUUCUGGUGCUGUGCGGUGUCCCCCUGUUCCUCCUGGAGACCUCCCUGGGACAGUACACCAGCCUGGGAGGGGUGAGCGCCUGGAGGACUAUGUGCCCAUUAUUUGGAGGUCUUGGCUAUGCCAGCCAGGUGAUGAUCCUGCACGGCUGUGUGUACUACAUUGUCAUCCUGGCCUGGGCUCUCUUCUACCUGUCCUACAGCUUCCAGGAGGAGCUGCCCUGGUCGCACUGUAACAACACAUGGAACACCGAGGCGUGUGUCCUGUUUGACCGCCACAACCAGACAGCCAAUGGGAGCAGCCUGCCUGAGAACGCCACCUCCCCUGUCAUGGAGUUCUGGGAGCGGGAGGUGCUCCGUCUCUCCAGCUCUUUAGACGAGCUGGGACCAAUCAGCUGGAAACUGGCUCUGUGCCUUGCCGUCGUCUGGCUUGUCUGCUAUUUCUGUGUGUGGAAGGGAGUGAAGUCCACUGGAAAGGUGGUGUAUCUGACAGCCACCUUCCCAUAUGUCAUGCUGUUUGUGCUGCUGGUGCGCGGUGCCACCCUGCCUGGAGCGACCCAAGGCAUCAUCUACUACCUCAAACCCAACCACACCCGCCUGGCGGACCCACAGGUAUGGAUGGAUGCAGGUACCCAGAUAUUUUUCUCAUAUGGAAUCUGUUUGGGAAGUCUAACAGCGCUUGGCAGUUACAACAAAUACAACAACGACUGCUAUAAGGACUCUUUUCUUCUGUGCCUCCUCAACAGCGCCACCAGUUUCCUGGCAGGUUUCGCCAUCUUCUCGGUGCUGGGAUUCAUGGCUGAAGAGCAGGGCGUGGACAUAGCCACUGUGGCCCAGUCAGGUCCUGGUCUUGCCUUCAUUGCCUACCCGAGAGCUGUAGCUAUGAUGCCCGUACCCCAGCUGUGGGCCGUCUGCUUUUUCCUCAUGGUCAUCAUGCUGGGGCUGGACACGCAGUUUGUGAGUCUGGAGGCUCUGAUGACGUCGGUGACUGACCUGUACCCUCAUCUGAUCCGCCGAGGCCACCGCAGAGAGCUGCUGCUGCUCUUCAUCUGCGUCGUCUGCUUCCUGGUGGGGCUGGUCAUGGUCACGCCGGGUGGUCUCUACGUGUUCCAGAUCUACGACCACUUCUCCUGCAGCGGAGCCAGCCUGCUGCUUCUCUCCAUCUGUCAGUCUGUGGCCAUCGGCUGGGUCUACGGAGCCGAGCGAUUCAGUGCCAACAUCAGGGACAUGACCGGCUACAGCCCGCUGCCGGUCUUCAAGCUGUGCUGGAAGUACCUCACCCCGGCCGUGUGCACUGCCACCUUUGUGUUCUCCCUGGUGAGCUGGUCUCCACUGACCCUGGGGAAAGGCCUGGUGGCUCCAGCCUGGGCCACCACUCUGGGCUGGAUCCUCACAUUCUCCUCCGUCUCCCUGCUUCCUAUUUGGGCCAUCUACGCUCUGGCCACCACCCCAGGAACACUGCCACAGCGCUUCAAACAUCUGUGCAGCCCUGCCACAAACUCAUCCCUUGCCCUCCACUAUUACCCCACCAACAACUACAGCCCAGGACUGCCCCUCAGUGAGAAGCCAAAGGAGGCGAUCACAGACAUCAUCCAGGAUCAAAAGACCUGAUGAUGGUCAAUGAAACAUUGGAUGCUGGUCAGCCAAUCAGGUGUGGUGCAGGGGAGGGUCUAGGUCAAGGACUAGUGAACGCUGCUGGGUGUCAAAUGAGGCACUGGAUCCUCAGAGGCCUGUUUCAGUUCAAAAGACCCUUCAAAUUCUGUCUUUUCUUGCCUAAAAUUUGGAGGACGCACAUCUUUAGUAGCCCUCAAUAUCCCACAAUCUACUGCAGGUAGUGUUUAAUGGAACAUUCAGGUGAUCCUGUGUUAUAUACACCUGUUCUUUUUGUUUUUCUUUUAAUGGUACAACCAUGAUUCAAAAAAGUUGGGACAAUGUCUCAGUGUGAUCAUUUGCUCAUCCUUUUUGACAUGUAUUCAAUGGAAAACUGCUCAAAGACAAUAUAUGUAAUGUUAAAACUGAUUAAACUUUGUAGUUUAUUGUAAAUAUACACUCAUUCUGGCAUUGUCUUGCUGAAAUAAGCAGGGACGUUUCUGGAAAAGUAGUCUGGAAAUGUCUAACACACCAUCAUACCAUCACAGAUGCUGGAUUUGAAAUGUUGUGCUGGUGACAAUCUGGAAUGUCCUUUUCCUAUUUAACCUGAAGGACACGACGUAGAGAACUUGACAAACUGUGGUUAUCGACAACAGUUUUUCUGUUAUGCAAUCAUGUUGCUUUUAAUAGAUCUCUACACCUUGAUGCUUAGGUGUAGCAAUUUCUCCAUAUUCUCUGAAUCUUUUAUUGAUAUUAUGCACUGUCGAUGGUGAAAUACCUAAAUUCCUUGCAACUGUGCAUUGAGAACCUCGCUCCAUUCUUGCUUGUGAACAGCUGAACCCUUCAAGGAUGCGCCUUUAAUACCCAAUCAUGCUUCUACCACCUAAUUACUAAUUAACCUGUUCACCUGUGGGAUGCUGUGUGCAUCUUUUGUCGGCACUCCAACUUUUUCGGAAAGUGUUGCAGGGAUCAAACUGAGUGAGAAUGAGUGUAUACUUACAAAAAUCUGUGAAGUUUCUGUUUGUUCCUAUUGAUCCUAAAAGAAUGAGCAAAUGAUCACAUUCUGUUUUAGUUAGAUUUCACACAGCGGACGAACUUCUCUGGAACCAGGGUUGUACAUUGUGUCCUAAAGUGAAACACACACAAACUUUACAAUAGCCACUUUCGGCUUACUCCAGCUCAUUUAGGGAGGAGGUGUAAGUUCAGCCUCAAUGACGGUUUCUCCUUCACAGGGUCCAGUCCUGAAGUGGGACCCAGCUUGCUUUACCCUCAGACCUGCCCGCCCCCCCCUCACCCCUGUUAGCUGCUGCCAGAAAAAAGCCACACUCCUCAAUGUUGUUAACUAUAUCUGUUUAAGAUCUGCAGCUUUCCGUGUAUGUACCAGUUGAAUCACUGUACUUGUGGACCAUUUAAUGACAGCCCCUACAGCCAUCCAAGGCACAGGAGGCAGCUAAAUAACAACUCUUAUGUUCUGAGGAAGUCAGCCUACCACUUUACUCUCUAUGAGAGAUCACUUCAUACUUAGCUUCAGCUCUUCGUUGUAGAUUCUUUGUUCUGUUUGGGUGCUGCUAUCCUCUGAUGGCUUUGAGUCAGACACGUUUAUACAGUGAUUUGUCUGGACUUUUUUUCUAUCACCCUCUGUGAUCGCCGUGUCAUAGAGUUCGAAUGGUUCAUAACAUGCCUUACAAGCAAACCGAGUUGCAUUACCAAAACUUCUUACUGCCGAUAUAUCAAGCGCUUAACUUACACUUGAGACAAAAUGAUUGAAAUGUGUAGUCACUGUCAGUUGUUCAUCCAUUAUAAAAGUAGGCAGGAGAGUUGUUUGUAUUUUUUUGUCAGCCGCUGGUUCUAUUGCACAAAUUACAAGAGCAGUUUCUGCAAAAUAAAAAGCGUUUUUGGAGUAUCUUUGCACUGUACCAAAAAUAACUAUCAUUUAUCAGACUGGUAAACAAUGCAAGCAUUGCAUUAAGUAUGUAGUAAUACAAUAUCAAACUUUUGCUGCUGCUGCUGUGUAUACAAAAAUGAAGUUUUUAUUUUUAUUCUAAGCCCAAAUGUUUAACUUAAGCAGGUUUUUAAUAAGAAGAUAAUAGUAUGUCAAACUGUAACUUGCAGUAGAACUUUGAAGUGGCAAAUGGAGAAAUGGCUUCUAUGCAGUGUAGGGAUGUUUAUAUUUUUCAAAGAAAAUGCAGUAUGUAAAUGUAAAUAAUCAUGUUGGUUUUGUUUAUCAGUAAGUAAGUGUGUUCACACCAGGGGCAAAGGAAAUUAUUUGCAAAGUCAAGAAAAGAUGUGAGCAGAUGCAGAAUUUGCAUCAUCCUGUGUUGCUUUAAAUUAUUUAACUCCGGCAAGAAAUGAAUGUAUGUGAUGCUGUGUCAGGAAAGAUUUCAGUGUUUAAAUUCUCCUGUAAAUCCAAACUCCAUUUGCAAAACAGGCAUUAUCCUGACAAAUCAUGAAGUCAGACUUUUUACACAUCUGCAUCAUUAUGCAGUUAUUUCUGCAUACUUUUGAUUUGUUUAUUGCAAUUGCAUCACAGCUAAACUAAGUUAUUUAAGGUUCCUCUACACUGUAAUGGUGCAGCAGCCGCAAGCAUCCAGCUGUGUGCACCUCUGAAUGAUAUCACAACAGACCCCAACAGCUUUUGGUCUUCUAAUAUAUUUUGGACUUUCACAGCCGGGACAAAGCAGAAAAAAAAUUGCUAUAGGCAAAGGAUUUGCAUUGCAUCUGGUGUGAACAGUGAGCUGAAGCUUACAGUUAAAUAGAAUUUGUAUAUAUUUCCCAAGUUUAUAAUAACUGUUAAUGUCUUUUCCAUAUUUCACUUGCAGUAAAAACACACUUCAAAUGUGUUGAUUUCAUCACCAUGAGGUGUUUGCAGAGCUUCAAUGGGCUUUAACUUACUGUAUAGAACAGAAUGUACUCUUCACUGUGUUUCAAUCUGAAAAGGAUGAGCGUUAUUUCAUGAGUGAGAGUGAUGUAUUUAGUAUGUUUGAAGAUAAAUAGUUCAUUUUGUAAACUUGAAACUGCUGUUUUCCUUGUACUAUCAUUCAGACCUGGAUCGGGUUUUUUUAAAGGCUCCUCUGAGAUUAAUUUAAAACCCAUCUGGUUUCUAAUCAAACACUUUUUAUUUACUUCAAAUUGAUCCAAGUGUUCUCAUCUCUGUUUACACGUGUAUACAUGUGCCUCUUAUUUUGUAUAUGUCAUUUUCUUUUUUAAAUGAAUAUAUUUAUACAUUGUGGAUAAA